AUGCCGGUGCAUUUCAUGGUCUGCCCAAACGAAUCUUCCCUAUGCUCCGCCUACUACGCUUACAGUAGAGAGAAUGGUGGCAUGGAAUCAGAUAGUGAUGACAAUGAGUCGAGAUCUAUUGACAGCUCAUCAAGUAUAGACGAUUUGGUCUUUGAUGGGCCGGAUGAAGAGCGUGAUGUCAUCAUCAAACCACUUGCCGAAGUAAACGAUGUCUACAAAGGGCCUUUAACAUUAGAACUUCCUCCUAGUGACAGCGCCGCCUCGAUUGGUAGCUCUAUCAGUAACGACAGGUAGGU